GUCCAGGGGGCCUCGCCUCAGCCUCGGCUUCGCCUCAGGGACCCGGCGGUCGCUGUGUGCGGGCUGCGAAGCUCCCGCGACCCAGAAGCACUCGGGCGCGGGCGGAGCGGCGGGGCUGUGUUGCUGCGCCAUGGCCGCGUCGGCGUGGUGCUGCCUGCGCUGCUGCAGGGACGGCGGGAGCGGCCACAUUCCCCUCAAAGAGAUGCCGGCGGUACAGUUGGACACGCAGCACAUGGGAACAGAUGUUGUCAUUGUGAAAAACGGAAGAAGAAUCUGUGGCACUGGAGGUUGUUUAGCCAGCGCACCCUUACAUCAGAACAAAAGCUACUUUGAGUUCAAAAUCCAGUCUACUGGAAUCUGGGGUAUAGGUGUUGCAACUCAGAAAGUUAACUUGAACCAGAUCCCUCUUGGCCGAGACAUGCAUAGUCUGGUGAUGAGAAAUGACGGAGCCCUGUACCAUAACAACGAAGAGAAAAACAGGCUGCCGGCAAACAGCCUUCCUCAGGAGGGAGAUGUAGUGGGUAUAACAUAUGACCAUGUAGAAUUAAAUGUGUAUUUGAAUGGGAAAAACAUGCAUUGUCCAGCAUCAGGUAUACGAGGGACAGUAUAUCCAGUUGUAUAUGUUGAUGACAGUGCAAUUUUGGAUUGCCAGUUCAGUGAAUUUUAUCAUACUCCUCCACCUGGUUUUGAAAAAAUAUUAUUUGAGCAGCAGAUCUUCUGAAUGAGUUUGCUUUCACAGCCUGCACUUCUGCACCAUCGCACAAGCACCGACCACUUAAUAGAGCUCUCCUGACCUAGAGACCAGAGCACACUCUGAAAACCAAGCUGCUUACUGUUGUCUAAGGAACCCAUAUAUUCAUUAUACCAUGCUGAGGUUUGAUUUAAAAGAUCUAGGCAACUUAUUUAAUCUUAUUUAAACAAAUAAACCAUGGGUUUGAUUAACAGUAUUACAUGGUAAUAUGUAUAUAAAUAUUUAAAGGGAAAUUUUCUUAUAUAAAGUAUUUGUUUGACAUUGAUGUGUAAUUGAGUGAUUUUUUUUUUUUUUUUUUUUUUUUGUCGUUCUGAACUUGAGUCACCACAAUCUGUAAUCCAAAUCUGUAAUUUUGUGUUGUCUUGUCUUUUUUGGGUAAAAUGAAAUGGCAGAAACUUACAUACCUGACAGCUUAGCUUUGCUGACAUAUUUUCUCUGAUCAUAGAACAUUUUUCUUAAAACUGAAACUGCUUCUUUCGCUGUGUUAUGUCACUGCUUUCUGUUGCCUUUUCAAGCUGAGUAUGCAGUGAUUGAUUGUAUGAAGUACACCGGCAGACAUUUAGAAGGGUUAUGAUGCUUUAAAUUGGAGUGAGCCACAUUUGGUGGCACACACCUUUAUUCCCAGCACUCGGGACACAAAAGCAGGUAGAUC